CAUGGAUGUGAUUGGCAUCACAGGCCAAGAUAAGCAACUUGUCCUACAGAUUAUAGCUGGUAUUCUCCAUCUAGGGAACAUCAGUUUUGAGGAGAAAGGGAACUACGCUCAAGUAGAAAAUUCAGAUUUGCUAGCUUUCCCUGCCUACCUUUUGGGAAUUGACAAGGACCGCUUAGAUGAGAAGCUCACCAGUCGGAAAAUGGACAGCAAAUGGGGUGGCCGGUCAGAGUCCAUUAAUGUAACUCUCAAUGUAGAGCAAGCUUCCUAUACUCGUGAUGCCCUUGCCAAAGGCCUUUAUGCCCGUGUCUUUGACUUCCUAGUUGAGUCCAUCAACAGAGCCAUGCAGAAACCAUACGAAGAGUACAGUGUUGGAGUCCUAGACAUCUACGGGUUUGAAAUAUUCCAG